GCUGAGCCCCGGGCCCGGGACGGAGCGGCGGGGCGGGGUCGGCGCGAGCGCGGGGUGUGGGGGAGCGCGUCCUCCGGCCGUGUCCCCGCAGCUCGCCCCCUCACCCCGCACGAGCCGCCGUCCCCUUGGGGACCCUCCUCGCCUCCCGCCAGUCCAGCACAACCUGUCGCUCUCCCAAGGGGGCUCUCAUCAGAUUAGGCGCAUCUGGAGUCUAUAUUUAGAUUCGGGUACGGGGCUGGGGCGGGGGUCAUGACGUCCGGGACCGGGGACACCCAGGCACGCGAUAAAGCGGCGUGUAGAGCUGGAAGUGGGCCUUCUGCGAGUGAAGGCCAAGACCUGGGGUCCCCCUGCAGACAGGCCGGGAAGGCCGUGGGCGCGGCGCCUUUAAGGCCCUGCCGCCCAGUCAGGUGACCAGGCCGUUGCCGGACAACGGGACGCCGCGCCGAAGCCCGCGCUCUCGGGAGGUCAGGCCCAUGGCCCAAAGGAACUCUCUAGAGUGCACGGAGGCCGCGGAGCCCCCGGCCCCGGAGCCCCCGGGCCCCGCCCCCCCGCAGAGAACCAGCGACUACUACCGCAUAGAUGGGGACCUGCCGGUCAGGUUCAACAACCCGGCGUGGUUUCGGGGCUACGGGACCAAGGAGGCCGUCUCCAUGUACAGGACCAGUAACCAAACUUACGGGAGCAGGGCCCCCACCGUGCACGAGAUGCCGACAACUUGCAGCGGCUGGAAGGUUCCGGAACAAUACUCUCAACGUCUGUCUGGAGAAGAGCGUUGUGACGGGUCCCGACAACUGCAUCACCGCCUGCGACCGGCUGGACUUCCACCCCAGCUACAACGUCAACAAGCCCUCCAUCUGCGACUGAGCGGUCAGGGCUCCGGGGCCAGCGGCGCCGGCCGAGGCGUCAUCCCGGCUCCCGUGCCCGCCUGCUUCCCUCGAAAAUGUCAUGUCUUUAUUUUGCAAAAACAUGCGGACGCGCAAAUGUGCUACGUGCUGUUUUCCUUCUGCCACGGGAAAGAUGCUAAUGACUCGACUUUCCAUUAAAGACGCUCCUGCAUCCUGAA